CUGUACGUGUGGGCAGAGGAAGGGGCGCCAACCUCCUCUCUGUUCUCUCCCUAUAAAAGAAAACUGAAAAACUGGCAGUUGCCCUGCGCUUCUCUUCCCUUCUCAACCCCGUCUUUUAUUUAUUUUUAUCCAUAUAUGGACGAGGUUAGCCGGCGACCCCCCAAGCAUAUCGUCCGGAAGGACCACGACGGCGAAGUUCUCAACUCCUUCAGCCAUGGCCACCAUCUUCCUCCUCUCAAGCCGUCUGAUUAUUCUCUCCCUCUCUGCCUCUACCUCGCUAAUGCUCUCGUUUUCUCGCUCUUCUUCUCAGUUGCUUAUUUCCUUCUCCACAGAUGGCGGGAAAAGAUCCGCAAAUCCACUCCUCUUCACAUAGUCACCUUCCCUGAGAUUGCUGCUUUGAUUUGCUUGGUAGCUUCUGUCAUCUAUCUUCUUGGUUUCUUUGGCAUUGGCUUCGUCCACUCCUUUUCUAGAGCUUCCACCGAUUCCUGGGAUGUCGAAGAAUACGAUGAUGAUAACAUUAUCAUCAAGGAAGAUACUCGUCCUACGGGGACUUGCGCUGCACCUUCCCUUGACUGCUCCCUCUCUCUUCCCACCAAAAUUCAUGCACCCAUCGUCUCGACUACAACCACCAGUACUUUUUCUGAUGAUGACGAACAAAUUAUCAAAUCAGUAGUCUCUGGCUCCAUUCCUUCCUAUUCCCUUGAAUCAAAGCUUGGGAACUGUAAGCGGGCUGCUUUAAUUCGCCGGGAGACGCUGCAGAGGAUGUCGGGGAGAUCCUUGGAGGGACUGCCCUUAGAUGGGUUCGAUUACGAGUCAAUAUUGGGGCAGUGCUGCGAGAUGGCAAUUGGGUACGUGCAGAUUCCGGUGGGAAUUGCUGGGCCAUUGUUGCUGGAUGGAAAGGAAUAUACUGUGCCAAUGGCCACGACCGAGGGUUGCCUUGUGGCCAGUGCAAAUAGAGGAUGCAAGGCCAUUUACGCAUCGGGAGGGGCUACCUCCGCGUUGCUGAGGGACGGCAUGACCCGUGCUCCCGUUGUUAGGUUUCCCACCGCCAAGAGGGCCGCUGACUUGAAGUUUUUCAUGGAGGACCCUGACAAUUUCGAUACCAUUGCCGUUGUUUUCAAUAAGUCAAGCAGAUUUGCGAGGCUACAGAGUGUCCAAUGUGCAAUAGCAGGAAAAAAUCUAUACAUGAGGUUUAGCUGCAGCACAGGUGAUGCCAUGGGGAUGAAUAUGGUCUCCAAAGCGGUCCAAAAUGUCAUCGAUUAUCUCCAGAAUGAUUUUCCUGACAUGGAUGUCAUCGGUCUCACUGGGAACUUCUGUGCGGACAAGAAGGCAGCAGCAGUAAACUGGAUAGAAGGGCGUGGGAAGUCUGUUGUAUGUGAAGCAAUCAUAAAGGAAGAGGUGGUUAAGAAGGUAUUGAAAACCAACGUGGCCGCCCUGGUGGAGCUUAACAUGAUUAAAAACCUUGCUGGCUCAGCCGUAGCAGGUUCUCUUGGUGGGUUUAACGCCCAUGCUAGCAAUAUAGUAACUGCAGUAUACAUAGCUACAGGGCAGGAUCCUGCUCAAAACGUGGAGAGCUCUCACUGCAUUACUAUGAUGGAAGCUGUUAACGAUGGCAAGGACCUUCACAUCUCAGUGUCCAUGCCUUCCAUUGAGCUGGGCACAGUUGGAGGUGGUACUCAACUUGCAUCUCAAUCAGCUUGUCUGAACCUACUUGGGGUAAAGGGUGCAAGCAAAGAUUCCCCUGGUUCAAACUCAAGGCUUCUGGCAACUAUUGUCGCUGGUUCUGUUCUGGCAGGGGAGCUGUCUCUUAUGUCUGCUAUUGCAGCUGGGCAACUCGUUAAUAGCCACUUGAAAUACAACAGAUCUGCCAAAGAUGUAUCCAAAAUAACUUUCUGAAGGGUAACACAGCUGCUUUGUUUAGUUGAGAAACUAGAAAUAAAUUAUCAAUCAAGUAUAUGUAGCAUAAUAAUGGUCGGCAACUGUUGAGGGGGACAAACAAAGAAAAGUCCAUGUGGAGGAAUAUCUUUAAAAUAAAUGGAGCCCGCUUUGCUGGUAGAUACUGCAUUUGAUAUCCAGAGCCAUGUGAGACUGUUGGGUCUCUUUCCAAGGUCUCUUCACUACCCUACAAUUGUAAGAUUUUAAGAUCAGGGGUUGCCAUAAAUUGUUUAUACUUGCUCUUGAUGUCAUGAAGCCACCUGAAUGCCCCUAGAGGUUUCCAGUGUUCGGUAUAUUCCUCCUGCCAACCAAACUUGUGAUCUUUCUUGUAUUACUCGUAAUUUUAUUUGUUGUUAAUUGUGUUGUGGUAUGUAUUAGAUUAGGAAAGGAGAUGUUGUAAUACGAUUUAGAUCUGUUUAGAUA